AUGAUCCAACCCGCCACCUGCCGCUUCUUCUUUGACGUGUACGCUGAUAGGUGUUUGUCGACCCCGGGGAGAUCUAUGGCUACAAAGGAAGGUGCAGGCGGCUCCAGUUCCUCCCCCUCCCCCUCUGGCGAAGCCUCCAUUCGCACAAAGGAAGGAAUUCCAUCCGUUCUGCAAGGUCAUGAUCUGGAUGUUCAGUUAGACCUUGGGAAAGUGAUAACCAGAGCACGGACUAGCUGGUGGAAAUUUUGGAUACCAAGUGGGACACCUCCCCCACCGCCAGCUUCGUUGGAAGAUGCUCCUAAAAUUCCGCUCAGCACCGCGUCCAUCGCUUCAUUGCUCACAUACACCUGGGUCACUCCGAUCAUGAGGCUAGGUUAUCAGAGAACUCUUCAAGCGCCAGAUUUAUGGAAACUCGACCACAGUCACACAACCGCCGUACUCGCGUCCACAUUCGACGAAGCCUGGUCCCGUCGAAAAGCAAGUGCAGAGGAUUGGAAUGCGCAAUUGGGCAAGGGAAUCAUUCAACCCAACUUGCUCAGACGUCUCUAUUGGUUCAUACGAGCAAUGCGAGCGGGAAGGAAUUAUUCUCGGCGCUACGCUGAAUUAGACGAUUACUGGCGCCAGUUGGGCGGUCGACAACACCCUAGUAUAUCCCUUGCUUUGAACGAUACGAUUGGCUUUUUCUUCUGGAGUGGAGGAAUGUUCAAGGUUAUAGGCGACAUCUCACAAUUGAUGGGUCCAUUGGUAGUGAAGGCUAUCAUCAAUUUUGCGAAGGACCGGGAAUCUGCGAAGUCCAGAGGUGAAGAAGGCCCCAGUCUCGGCAUCGGUUUCGCAAUGGCAGUCGGAUUAUUUUUACUCACAAUGGGCUCGAGUAUCGGCCAUCAUCAAUUUUUCUGGCGUUCCAUGAUUACUGGUGUGCUGAUUCGCGCAGCACUCAUCAAAUCCAUAUACAACCGCGGCAUGAAUCUCACUGGCAAAGCGCGGGUGUCAAUCAUGAGCGAAGAGAAUCUUAGAUCAGUCGAAUUGACAAUUGUGCUCACUGGUUUCACGCUGGUAAUCCACUUUCAUUAUCCUUUUUCAUCAUCUGAGUACCCUCGGGCUUUAGCUUGGACGGCGCCGAUUCAAAUUACUGUGUGUCUUAUCAUUCUGCUCUUCCAGCUGGGCCCAUCUGCAUUGGCUGGAUUCGCUCUCUUCGUGAUUAUGGCGCCGAUCCAAGAACGAGCAAUGGCGCAACAGUUUAAGAUUAGAAAGAGUUCCAUGAACUAUACCGAUGAACGGGCCAAAACAUUGCUUGAAGUUUUAGGUUCCAUGCGCGUCGUGAAAUAUUUCUCUUAUGAAGAGCCGUUCCUCCGGCGAAUAUCUACCAUUAGAAGAAAUGAGUUGAAAGGUGUCAAGAGUAUCCUCAUUUCCCAAUCGGCAAACGCCGCGAUAGCCUUUUCUAUACCCGUGCUGGCCGCCACCCUUGCCUUCGUGACAUAUACCCAUGUGACGCGCGGAUUCGACGUCGCGGUCAUCUUCUCGUCACUCAGUCUUUUCGGCCUCCUUCGUCAGCCUAUGAUGUUCCUCCCUCGUGCGCUAUCAGCCACUUCGGAUGCGAGAAGCGCCCUCUUUCGACUUCACAAGGUCUUUGAAGCCGAAGUACGAAUCGGAGAUGCUCUUGUCGUCGACCUAGAGCUCAAGUGGGUACUGCAAGUGGACCGCGCCACCUUCGAAUGGGAAGAGACAUUAGAAAAGGGGGGUGGUGUGGACGGGCCUGACUCCUCUAGCAUCCCCUUCCGCGUUCAAAACGUCGUCAUGCACGUGCAGCGUGGAAGUUUGGUCGCUGUAGUUGGUCGGGUGGGAUCUGGCAAGUCGAGUCUUCUCUUGGGUCUACUUGGCGAAAUGCGGAGGGUAUCAGGCAGUGUAGUCUUUGGAGGAAGGGUGGCUUACUGUUCGCAAACAGCCUGGAUUCAAAAUGCCUCUGUGCGAGAUAAUAUUUUGUUCGGAAAAGCCUAUAACAAGGAAAAAUAUUGGCGCGUCAUCGAACAAGCAUCUCUCCUACCGGACCUCGAGGUUCUUCUGGAUGGUGACUUGACAGAGAUUGGAGAAAAGGGCGUCAAUCUCAGCGUUGGUCAGAAGCAACGUAUAAACAUUGCUCGAGCUCUGUAUUAUGAUGCUGAUAUCGUCAUUUUGCUUGAUCCACUUUCCGCUGUCGAUGCCCACGUUGGUGAGGCUUUGUUUCAUACCGUCAUUCUGGGAGCACUUCGCAAUCAGGGAAAGACCGUCAUACUUGUCACACACGCCUUGCAUUUCCUCUCUUAUUGCGAUUACAUCUACACGCUCCAUGAUGGAUCUAUCACGGAACAAGGAACUCACCCAGAACUUGUUGAAGCAAACGGCGAAUUCGCUAGACUUGAUCGAGAAUUUGGUGGUAGCGAUGAUCCUCAACAAGAGUUGCGAACUAUUGUUCCGACGGAAGAUAUAAAAAGAGAAAAGAUUGAAUUGGCAAAGAGACGGGCUGCCGGCACAGGUAAACUCGAGGGAAAGCUGAUGAUCAAGGAGCAACGUACCACCGGCUCGAUAUCCGCCAAAGUUUACAAAGCUUAUGUCGACGCCGGACGAGGGUUUUUCACCGCACCACUGCUGAUCAUCGCUUUGCUUCUCAGCCAAGGCUGCCAAAUCACCAGUUCUUACACUCUGGUCUGGUGGCAGGAAAACGCUUUUCACCGCCCGUUUUCGUUUUACCAAACGUUAUAUGCUCUUCUAGGAGUCACCCAGUCCAUCUUUACCUUUGUCCUGGGUCUCUCCAGCAAUAUUUUCUCUUACCUUGUUUCGCAAAACCUUCACCACGACUGUGUCUUCAACAUCUUCCAUGCCCCGAUGUCCUUUUUUGAUACCACACCUAUGGGCAGGAUCAUUGGCGUGUUCAGCAAAGACAUUGAUAUGCAACAAGACAUCGACAAUCAACUCCCAGUGUCGUUGCGAAUGCUCAUAUUGAUGAUGUCCAAUGUCCUUGGAGCUGUUGUGAUUAUUACUGUGGUGGAGCACUACUUUAUCAUCGUCGCCGUUUUCAUCGCUAUUGGGUACCAGUAUUUUGCUGCGUAUUACAGAGCCAGUGCCCUAGAAGUGAAACGACUGGGCAAGUUCUCCUUUAGGCGAUCUGGCUAUUUGAUUGUUCCAUUAACAAUGGGCAUGAAGGCUCCAUGCUGCGAUCGCUCGUGUAUUCUCAUUUCUCAGAGUCACUAA